AUGGGUCUCACGGAGAUGAGACCCGGUGCGGGCAGCUUCAAGGCAAUCAACACGGAGCCUUCACGAUUCUAUCUUGCAAUGAUGAGGAGUGAGGUACUCAAACUGCCUCUGACGAAUUUGGCUUGCAACGAAUGUGGGAGGAAGGUGCUGCUGUCGAAGCUGUCGGCAGGGGGGAAGCCGUCAGUAGUUGGAGAGUGGCCCUGGCAGGCAGCAAUCUAUGACGUGAGGGAGAAAGAUCAAGUCUGCGGAGGAGCUCUGAUUCGGGAGCAAUGGGUGCUGACUGCGGCACAUUGCGUCGUCGUCCAUGUUUCUCUUUCGUGCGACGAGAACCGACGUGACUACUUGCAGGUGUCCCAGAUCAUCAUAUACGAUGACUUCAACUAUCAGAAUUACGACUCCGACAUCGCUCUGCUGAAACUGGUGGAACCUGCCGCGUUGACGCAGCGAGUGCAGCUGGUAUGUCUCCCAAACCGACAUAGUCUGUCGGAUGUCCACUUCAAGAAAGGAUUGCGAGGCUGGGUCGCCGGUUGGGGUUUCAACGCCUCGGACCUUUCCCCAGAUGUGUUGAUGGAGGUGGAACUCCCGAUCAUAUCCAAUGCCGAUUGUCGCUUCGACACAAUUAGUCUCACAGGAGACCACACAAUCACCAGUACCCUCACUUCAAACAUGUUUUGUGCUGGAGACGAUAAGGAUACCCCUCUCAAAAGUUACAAAACGGUUUGUCACGGGGAUUCGGGGAGUCCUCUAGUCGUCCAAGCUUCUACUUCGCCGGAGAGCUCCUGGCAGGUGGAAGGGAUCGUCAGCCACUUCUUUGGGAAGGAGGAUUGCUCCAUGAGGCGCCCCGGCCAGUACGGCAUUUUCACCAAAGUUAAUCGGUGA